AUGUGGACAGCAUGUACAACUCAGAUGAUCGCACGGGUUACAGGUUCGACGUUGUUUGCGAAGCAGAACCUUGUGUCUGUAUUAACAUUUGAACACCGGUCAAUGGCAACAGGAAGUGAUAAAACAUCACUUCCUGCUGGCGAGGUCGAAAAAAAUACGAAUUUGAUCAAUAGAAUGCGGAAUUUACGUGCACGAGGUCCUUAUGCGAGUUUUCUGAAAGAAAAUUACCAUGGUGUUAGUGAAAAGUAUCCGGAUUUGAAGUUGGGUGGAGUCGCCAAGAAAAUCUCUGAAAUGUGGAAAAAUUUACCUGUUGAAGAGAAAGAAACUUAUUUAAAAAAUAAUCGAGAUCAGAGACUAGCGUAUGAACAAGAAAAACAACGUUUAUCACCGAGCGAUUUGCAAACCAUUGAUGCAUAUGAAAACGCUAAGAGAAUUAAACUUCGUAUUAAGAAAACUGUGGAACAAUUGCCAAGGAAGCGACCACGUCCAGCUUAUAUACACUAUCUCUCCACGCUUGAUCGCACUGGAGCCAAUUUUAAAGACUUCAUAGCAGAUGCUGCUCGACGUUGGGCAAAGAUGUCUGCACAAGAGAAACAGCCAUUCGUAGAUCUUCAUGAAGGAGAAAAACAAGAGUAUAUCAAAGCUUUAACUGCUUGGGACGCAACACAAGCCGAACCAACGAAAAAAAGAUCUCCACGGUCAUCAUCAUCGACUGCCACCAAUAGAAAAGCUACUGCAACAAAAACGAAACGUGCAGUAUCCGCAACUGGUAAACAAACCGUAAAAAAGCACGCUAGUGGUACAUCAAAAGUUGCCGCUUCGACAAAGAAAACAACGAAAAGCAAAGCAACGCAAACCGCAAGUGAUAAAGAGAUCUCAUCAUCCGACGAUGAAUCAUCGCCGCAAAAAGUGACCAAGCCAACUAGUCCGAAGAAGAAGGACUCAUAA